GCAAAGUGUACCCAGACCAUGAUGAUGGCCCAAGUCGAGCUACCGACGACCAAGGUAGCGCCGACAAGCUUGGACCAGCCGCAGCCGGAGAUCGACUCGUUCCAUGUCUCGUCCUUCUCGGACAGUGACAGCUCCGUUGACGAGACCGAGGCCGAAGCCGAUGCGCCACUGCUACCCGAGGCCAACGCGACCUGCCUCGCGGAGCAGCUAUGGGAGCCGUUCCGCAGCCUUGUUAUGAACCCAUUGACGACUCUUGUCGUAUGCCUCUGCGUCAACGCGGCCUUCAUCCUAUCGUGGAUCUUCCUCGCCUGGCUCGCCCACUUGAUCACGCGCCCAGGGCUGUUUCUCCUUGUCGUCGCCCUCGUUGUAUGCAUAGCUCGCCUGGCCGCGCUCGUGCUCUCGUAUCCUGGCCACCUCCAAGUCGUCGCGCGCGACUGUGAGCGCAGCUUUGCGCUCAUGAUCAAAAAGUGGGUGCGUCUCACCGCCGAGACGACCGACGAGCUCAUUCAGCUGCUUCUGUCGCCCGAGCCCUGUACGCCCGAGACGACGACCGCCUUCCGCGAGGUCUACGCCUCGUUCGAGUCGUGCUUGACCAACAUCAUGGUCGUGCUCCAACGUUCGCUCGAGAUUGUCGACGAGGAAGAGACGCUGACGACCGAUGGCAAGCGAGCGCUCGCUCACAUUCGCGUCUAUCUCGAAUACGCGGAGAAGCUCCGCCCGUCCUUCGCCCAGCUAGCAGCCAAUACGACGACCAACAUGGAAGCGCUCCGUCAGCAGCUCGACUUGGAUAAAGCGCUGGUCGAAUUUGGCCUGUGCGUCCAGGACCUCCGGGACAUCAUCGAGUGCGUUGGGGAGCCACCGGGUACACCGAAGCGGUCGGGGCUCUGGGGGCUCCUCUGCGAGCUCGUGCUCGCGCGGCUGCGACCGCUGCGUAUUGUCGCAAGCCUGAGCCUCAUGCGUGCCGACCUGAGAGCGCGCCACAACGGGACGCAAGUAUGGGUCCCUGGCUACGAACGCAACAUGAUCGACGGCAUGUUCAUUCCUGGGCUUGGCCUCCCGAUGCAGAACGCGGAGCGCACUGUGAUCCUCUGCAACCCUAACUGCGGCUUGUAUGAGUUUCACCACUUUCAGUCGGACUGGAUCCAGUUUUACACCAAGCUCGGCAUCAACGUCUUCCUCUUCAACUACCGCGGCUACGGGCGCACAAAGGGGUAUCCGUCGCCGCACGCCAACAACCUCGAUGGCAUGGCAGUCGCCGCGUACCUGCGCAACGAGCAGUCGAUUCGGCGCCUCGCGAUCCACGGCGAGUCGAUCGGCGGCAUGGUCGCGACGCAUGUGGCCAAGCACGCCGACGGCAUUGAGCUCCUCAUCGCCGACCGCACGUUCGCCAACCUCCCCGCCGUCGCCCAGCGUCUCGUCGCGUCGUGGGCUGGCCGGGCACUGAGCUGCGUCACGCGCUGGCAAACCGACAACGUCACCAACUACUUGGACGCCACAUGCCACAAAGUUGUGUGCUGCGACCCGUGCGACGAGAUUAUCGCCGAUGGCUCGUCGCUCAAGUCCGGCAUUGCUCUACGUCUCGAGCUCGGCGACUUGCAGGCGCAGACACCAAAGGCGCACCCGGUACGACGCGCGACUCCAAGAAGCUUGGCCGCGUGUGGGCCUGUUCGCUACGAUACCCUCGACGAGAUAUCGACCGACGUCGUCAUUGGCAAGCCGUUGACGGAAGCCAUUGUGGCCAAGUUUGCAUGGCACCUCUUGCGCAUCGCUGAGCGCGCCAAAGACGCGAUGGAGCUCGAGAUGACCGAUGCGACCGUCAUCGACGUCGACGACGCGGCGCAUGGGAAGGACGUCAUUGCGCUCUGGAGUGCGAUCGCAUCCCUCGACGGCCACUGCGGCCAAACGCUCUUUUACGCUGCCGGCAGCGGCCUCGAGGGCAUUCGCGCGUGGACCACGUCGUUCAUUGUGUGGGGACCGUCGACGCGCCUUGCGACCGUGCCCGUCGCGCGCCGACCCCACGAUUUUGUGACGCCACUCCCAAUCGAACACGUCCGCGUCCUCCUGCAGCGGGUACAAAGCUCGGCGGCGUGGCUCAGCACGGACGACGACGCGGGCUACGUUAUGGACAUGAUUGAAUACCUCUACGCAUCCAUGCAAGCCCGCAGCGCCAAGGCCAUCGAUGAUGCGGUGCUUGGCGCGCUCGUGCCACUCAGCUGCGGCCACAACGCCAACUUUAGCGAGCAGGAAAAGCAAGCGCUUCUCGCGCACCUCGUCGCGUACAAGUGGGCUGACGCUGCCGUUGCCGAGGACGAGUGCAGCAAGUAAGUUAAAAACACACGUUGACGGCGCCACCUGGCAGCGACGAAUGGGUGCGACCGCCUGCAUGGCCUUGCC